AUGGGAGAAGUAGUUCCGUACAAGGCAGGCAUGCAGCGUGGCCAAGGAUACAAUACCUAUCUGCAAGCGCUUUGUGUCAAAGAUGCGGUUACUAUCGAGCGUCACGAUGACAAAGACCCUGCAUUUAAGAGAGAGUAUUAUUCUGAGUUCAUUGAAGAAUACGAGAAGAUAGCAAAGAGCAUGAGAAUCAGUGCUGGCGCCGCUGUCUCCGGAUGGGGUCAAGAGGGCAAUGUCAAUGUCGACAUCCUCAAUCGUAGCGAGUUUGAGACCAGCACUUUGACAUAUGAGGUCAAGGUCUUGGUUCAGCACCAAGUCAGCGUGGUCGAUAAGCACUCCUUCAACAAGAUCCAGACGGAGAACAAGCACGCGACAUACGGCGACCGUUUUAUCUCCGAUUUCAUAAAGGGCGGUCAUUUCUAUGCCCGUGUCUCUAUCACGGCGAAAAACUCGUCUGAGACCAGCGAGCUCAAGCAAUCCGCUGAAGUGGCUAUGACUAUGUACGGCGUUUCUGGAAAAAUUACGCAAGAAGUCGAAUCAGCCGUCAGCUCCAUCAAACGAAACGCUUCGGUCAAGAUCACCAUCAUCGAGUCCACGGGAACCAGCAAGAGCGGUACCAGUGGAGGAGGCUACGCCGUCAAGGCUGAAGAGAGCUCUGACCUUCUGGCUGUGAAGGAAAAAGCAGACCAGUUCUAUAAGGAUGCGGAUACAGGAAAGCAUUCUUAUGUGUUAUUUGCGGUGCUGGCAAAGUACAGGAACCUCUCCAACUUUGAGAACUAUUUUACUCCGUUCGAUUACCAGAUCGCUAGUUUGAGGUCCUGGGCGCUUUUCAACGACUUCACGCUAUACAAGGCUAUCGAAACCAUGAUCAAGGCUGUGCCGACUAGCAAGUUCAAGGACGGUCCCGAACGAAAGACCCAAUUAUCAAACCAGGCCAUCAAUAUCUUCGAAAGUAUACGAAACAGGGUGAUCCGUAUCUCCGAACAUCCCGAGGAAGCCAAGCAAAAAUCCGAUCACAUGGAACCGGACGUCUUUCGACUUGAGGUACUCAAUUCAAUCCAGACAAAGCUCUUCCAUGCUCAAUCUAAACCCAUCCCUAACACCGACGAUUACUGGACCGAUGUGAUUCUACCCUCGAAAGGCUCGGACGAACAGCAUCUCUUUACUUUCCCGGCCUUCGACUUCGGCGAAUUGAUCGGCACCGAAGUAGUAUCUUUUGGGAAGAAGAAAAACGGCGAAGAAUACAAUUGCCUAAUUGGCGAGCGCGCGACGAGCCUCGAUGGCUACACAGAAUUGAGUCACUUCUGGAUCUUCCCAGACAGUGUCGAAAAGUUUGCCAUGCAGAUUCCUCAAGCUAUACCAAAAUUCUUCAAGGCAUACCGAAAACAUUUUGUAAGAAUGAAAGCCGGUCAGUGGGAUCCUAAGGAAAAGAAGGUCGUCGUGAACGAUGUGCCGAAACCAGCGGAAGCCCCAAAUCAGUUUCUGGUCAAGAUACAAUCCGCAUCGCUAUGUCACUCUGACCUCCUCCAUGCUAUGAGGCCAGACUACGCGGUCACGUUGGGCCACGAAGGAGUCGGCUAUAUUGAGUCCAUCGGCAAAGAGGCAAGCGACAAAGGCUUUCAAGUCGGCGACGCAAUUGGCUUCAACUACUUCAUCGGUGCUUGCUUUGAAUGCGAAGGAUGCAUGGUUCACAAUGUGCGAUGCGAGACAGGUAACCAGAAAUUGCAGGGUUUCGUAGCAGAUGGAUACUUUGCCGAGUACGCGGUCGUAGAUUGGCAGAACGCUAUCAAGUUGCCUGAAAAUCUGGAUAUGAGUAAGACUGCGCCACUUUUCUGUGCCGGUAUUACAGCGUUCCAUUCGGUAGACAGCUGCGAGUUGAAAGCAGGAGAUUGGUUAGCGGUAAUCGGAUGCGGUGGCUUGGGCCAAUAUGCUAUACAAUACGCCAAAGCUAUGGGUAUAAAGACCAUUGGUCUCGACAUCAAUGACAAUCAACUCGAUGUGGCGAAGAAGGUUGGCGCGGACGCUGUCUUUAACUCCAUGAAGAACAAAGAUUAUCUCCAAGACAUCAAGAAGCUCACAGGUGGUAAGGGGUGUCAUGCUGCGGCUGUCUAUAGCGCGUCAAACGCAGCAUACACAGGCGCGCCAGAUGUUUUGAGAACAGGUGGACUACUCAUGGUGAUCGGUAUCGCGCCUAAGGGACUUGACUUCAUAAACACAUUCGAUCUGACAACGGGACGGUACCGCAUCAAGGCCGAAAGCACGGGUAUUCCUCAGCGGAUGAAGAAGGCGGUCGAAUUUACCGGAAAGCAUAGUAUACAGCCAGAAGUCGAGUUCCGCAAGAUCGAUGACUUGCCGCAGAUGGUUGCGGAUAUGGAGGCUGGUAAAGCGGAGAAGAGACAGGUUGUUGUAUUUUAG